GUGGCACUCUACGGCACUGGGCCGACGGUCUGUGAUUGCAAGUUUGGACGUGAAGAUCUGAAGUGGAAGAAUGCCUCCCCCGGGAGUAUGUUUGAACAUCGUGAACGAACGAUACAAGAAGGAUGGGCGUGGCACUGCGGAAAACCCAGACAAGUUCCUGGAUCAGGACUUUGAGUAUCUGCGUGAAUACUGCCUCAUCCGGGGCAUGAGGUACAUCGAUGACAUGUUCCCCCCGGACAGGACCUCCAUUGGUCCAGGAAUCCUGACCCCUGAGGAAAUGGAGCGAGUCGAGUGGGUGCGACCCGGGAAAGCUGUGCAGGACCCUUAUCUAUUUGUUGAUGGCGUUUCAAGAUUUGACUUCUCUCAAGGAGCAGUGGGUAAUUGCUGGUUCUUGGCCUCAAUUGGUGCAUUAACAUUCCAGCAGCAUAUACUGAAAAAAGUGCUGCCCACUGACCAGGGAUUUCAAAAGGACUAUGCAGGGAUUUUUCACUUCAGGUUCUGGAGAUUUGGAAAGUGGGUCGACGUUGUGAUUGAUGACAAGCUGCCGACACUGAAUGGGAAUUUCUUUUUUGUUCACUCAAAAACCCCAAACGAAUUCUGGCCUGCACUGCUGGAGAAAGCUUAUGCCAAAGUAUGCGGUUCUUAUGCUGACAUGAAUUCUGGAGAUGUGUCGGAGGCUCUUAUGGACUUCACUGGUGGGAUCCACAUGACGUUCCAGCUGAAAGAUGUUCCAUCAGACCUGUGGGCCCUCAUGCAUCGUGCUGCCAAAUCAAAGUCUUUAAUGGGCUGUGGCACUCCGCAAGGGGAAACAUCGGCCAACACAGUGCUGCCAAAUGGAAUAGUACAGGGCCAUGCCUACACAGUAACAGGAGUGACAAAGGUAACGAGCAAUGGCAGACCCGUUAACCUGGUCCGGCUAUGGAACCCAUGGGGCGAAGGAGAGUGGAACGGAGACUGGAGUGAUAACUCCCCGUUGUGGCAGACCUUGAGUGCGAGUGAGAGAAAACAGUGCUUGCAAGUAGACGACAAUGGAGAAUUCUGGAUGUCCAUGCAGGACUGGUGUACCUAUUACAAAAGUGUGGAUAUCUGCUGCCUGUGUCCUGACUUUCUGGAUGCUUCCGGUUCCUGUCACUGGACGUCAUCCUUCCAUGAGGGCCGCUGGGUAGCAGGGACCACUGCAGGCGGUUGCAUGAACCACAAAGAUUCCUUCUGGAUCAAUCCUCAGUUCCGGAUCAAACUGGACAAGUUGGACGAGGACUGCGCAAGUAAGCAAGGACCCAACAACAUGCUGGUGUCUCUUCUGCAGAAGCCUGACAAGAGAAACCGUCGCCUGGUGUCCAGCCUUCACAUCGGUUUCUCCAUUUUCGAGGUGCCACCAGAAUAUCAGGGGAAAAAGGGCAAAUUCCCUGCUGCUUUUUUUAGCUCCAACCAGCCGGUUGCACAGACAAAAAAUUACCUAAAUGCCCGUGAGGUGAUGGAGUUCUUCCGCCUGAGACCUGGAGAGUACAUCAUCGUCCCGUCGACCUUCAGACCCAACGAGACAGCCUCGUUCAUCUUAGCCAUCCUCUCCAAGAAUGAGACGCACAUCCACGAAAACUCCUCUGUUCAAGGUGUCGAGAUUCACAAGCCUACUGUCAAUGAGAACAUUAUGCAAAAAGAGGCGGGAAGGGGGAAGACUGAAAAUAAAUUGUUCCGCCAAUACUCUGAUCAGUAUGAGGAGGUCAACGCUGAGCAACUGCAGAGACUGCUGAAUGAUAACUUCCUCAAUGGAGUCAACUCUGGGGGCUUCAGUCUGGAUGCCUGCCGGGGGCUUGUGGCGUUGAUGGAUCUGUCGAUUACAGGGACAUUAAAUGGCCAGGAAUUUAUCCGUUUGUGGAAGCGAGCCAUUCAGUACAAGGAAAUUUUCUUCCUGAAAGAUACUGACAGAACAGGAACUCUGUCUUUGGGUGAACUAAGGAAUGCUAUCGAAGCCUCAGGUCUCACGGUAAGCGAUGACAUUCUGAACCUCCUGGCCUUGCGAUACCGUGGAUCCUCUGGGGACAUCUCCCUGGAGAGCUUCAUCUGCCUCAUCCUGCGUCUGGACUGCAUGGCCAAAAUAUUUAAGAAGUUGUCUGACAGCCAGGGAGUUGGAAUGUUCCUUCGGGAGUCAGAGUGGAUGUACCUCUGCAUGUACUCAUGAGCCAAGAGCCGCAGCUCAGUUCAAGAUUCCAUCUGAGAUUAAGAACCAGAGUAUUAAUCAUCACAUGACACUGGGUGGCGAGUUCAAUGAGGUCAACUAACAAACCAAGUCUAGCUGAGUGAGAUAAGAUUUGUAAGCAAAUGUAUUUGGCAGGGCCACAAGCUAUCACUUUUAUCUAUGUGCAAAACCAAGAGCCUCCAUGUGUUUCCGACGGUGUUUCCGACGGCUUUUGCCAUUAGAAUUGUAACUUGAUAAUCAACCUUUCCGACAUAAUGUGCUCAAUCAUGGUUAACAUCAUGUUGUUGUUUUUUUCAUUUUGUGAAUUGCAAUUGUAUCCAGUUGGUUUAUAGCAUAUUUAGGCCAUUUGUAUAAACAAUGCUUCAUCCUCUCAACUAAUUUAGUACAAAUUAGGAGCUCUAACUUUUUAUAGACAACAAAUUUUAUUUUUUAUGUAUAUACAACUUGUUUCUAUUAGGAAAAGUAAAAAAAUAGAGCCAUCAAAACUCACUCUUAUACAAACAGAUGGUAAAACGCCAUAGUUAAAAAUAGUUUAAAAUGGUGAGCAUAUCUCUAACCUGGAGAAAAUCAUAUUGCAUAAUCAUUGUUUAGGCCCUAUUUCAACAUUUGAGGCACAGAAGCAUUCUUCUUAUAAUCAUUCUUAACUAUACAUUUGAUCUGCUACUAUACAAGUAACAUUAAUGAAUGUCUGACACCAGUAUGCAUUUAAAUUAAGUAGAUUGUUUCUUAACAAGCAGUGGAUUGCUAUGGAUUACAAAAUAUUUGAACUGGUUCAUACAGGUCACUUGCUGAUGAUAGACAACCCACUCUAGGGAUCACGGAGCGUUGAUGGAGUUAUAUGGUCAGACGAUAUCUUCUGGCAGAUCAUAUCUUGCAUGUCAAUUACUUUUUGGUGGAUUUAUAUGGGGUGACUUUUUUAUAUUCAAAUCAUAUUCAUUUAACCCUUGGGUUGUCUUAAGGGUAAAAAAUGACCCACCACUACGUUUAAUAACAGAACCCCCUAAAUAAUCUUUUUUCAAAUUUAAUUUUGACAACAAAGUUUGUGAUGAGUGACAGGUUGUUUCUUUAUGCAAAAAUAGAUUUGGGGUUUAAAAUUCAAUUAAGCUGCUUUAUUUUAGGGGUUUCAUGAAGGCAGGUCAUCUUUUACCAUUAGGACAAGGGGAGUAUACAGCAUGUUAAGACUAAUGGUUAUUUCAUAAGUGGGAGUCAGGAGAUUAAGAAAUUUACAUUGUUUUUUUUUUUUUGUAUGUAUUGUCUGGUAUAAAACCACAAAACUAGAAGGCAGGUGUGUCUUUAUAACCCGGUGCAGUUUAUCACCCAGUUACCAUGAGGCAUUGUGUGUGCUUACAGGUAAGCAAGCCCAACUCUGCCCAAAAAAACAGUACACUGAAUCUACUACAGAUUCAAGACAAGUAAAACAGUUUUUUGCUGUUGAAACAUGGCUGUCAUUGCAAGUGUCAAUGGGAAUAGUCAGCUAUGACAUUGAUGUUUAUUUUAAGUGGAAUUGAGGUGUAAGGAUUGGCUGAAGGCAUAAAUAAAUCAUGUGCCAAUGAAGGAUUGAUGGUGAAAGGGGGGCCUGGAGCUGCAAAGCGCAAGUCGCACGUUAAAAACGGUGGUAGGGCGGGACAUCCACGACCACGUUAUUUGCAGAGUCUGCGGAUUACGAUUUGAAUGAUGCAAUGUUUUAUUCACACAACAGUUGUGCUAACUGUACCAAUGACUAUGGCAGCAACUCCAUAAUUCUAUGUUGAAACUAAUGUAACCAUUUUAUCUUCUAUUGUUUUCUUCUUCUUUUUUUUUACUUUUAUAUUGGCAAUUGGGGUUUGUUCAUUAAAAUGCAUAGCAAUA